UAGAAAAGGUCCUUUCCUUACAGGCGUCGCAGGCGUGUGCCCGUGUGCUUACCGGGCUUGGAACCGGAGCGGCGUGGAUAGACCCGGGGAACUGUUCCCACCUGCCGCUAUGUAUUACAAAUUCAGCGGCUUCACGCAGAGGCUGGUUGGGGCUGGCGCUGCUUCAGCUUAUAUUCCUCAGGGGCUCAAACCAGUGGUACCUGUGGAAUCACCAGCUCUGAUUUUUGGGUCACCAACGAAACUUGCUUCUGACACCCCAUCGGCUGUUGAGUAUUUUGGUAAAAACAGGGUUCCAGAACUGCAAAAGUUCUUUCAGAAACCUGAUGGUCUGCCAGUACAUCUGAAGGGUGGAGUUCCUGACAGACUCCUUUACCGGACCACUAUGGUGCUAACAAUAGGAGGGGCCAUUUAUUGUCUGAUAGCACUUUACAUGGCUGCACAACCUCAAAGACAGAAGUGAAUGAUUCCAGUUGAAUGGGGAUAGAUAGGAACUCUGUGGAAAGAACUACCUUUAGAUCCCUACCAUUACAAUAUGAUUAUUGCAAAUUCUUGGGAAUUCAGUUUGACUUUAAGAGAAGGGAUUAGGAAAUGGUUACAUUCUUUAUGCUUAGGUUAUAAAGAUGAAGUUAAUACUGGAUGAUUCAGUUUUGCAGAUUUACUCUCCACACCCUUCACUAAAGUUAUCAGCCUGUGUAUGUUCCUAGCAGCAAGGCCCUGUUAAGUUUGGUGGCAGAAACUGGACCCAUACUUUACCAUCAGCUGUUCUGGGAGGAGAGCAUGAACAAAGACUGAAAAUAAACAUUACCUAUGGAAGUUUGAAAACAAUAGACUUAAGUACCAAUUUACUCGAGUAUGGCAAAUUGAUCAUUUUUCUGAGCAAUGCGAACUGGGAUCUGCCUUCAGUUGAAAGCCUAAUUACUUAACUGUGUGCUUCUCAUUGAGUAAUAUUUGGCAAAGGGCUAUAGUGCUGCAGCAAGCUUGCCACUAUGUUUUUUUGAAGGCUUGUCUCCUUUAAUGGUCCCUCCUUUGUGAGUAUCUCUCUUGGGAGCAGCACUGCACGUAAGAUGGAUUCUGUUAUAGCAACACAAUUUCAUCCUGUGAUUCCUACCACCCACCCCGCCUCCAGAUCUUUAAAACACAGUUCUAUUUGUUUAUUGUUGAAAUAAAUAAAUACAUAAUAUGAA